AACCUAGAGGUGAUAUGCAACUCAGAAUACAGACACUGCAGCGAGUUGAGAAGAAAACUUGCAUACAACUUUGAUACAAGAAGAUGAUGUUGUUGCCUGAAGAAUUGAUCUUCCAAAUCUUGCUGUGGUUACCAGUUAAGUCUCUUAUACGCUUCAAGUGUGUUUGUAAGUCAUGGUUUUCUCUCAUCUCUCAUGAUUCCCACUUUGCUAAUUCACAUUUUCAACUCACUUCCACCACAACACCCAGUCACAGAAUUCUGUUCAUAUCAACUUUCCCCUUUGGAUCUCUAUCCAUCGAUUUUGAAGCAUUGCUUGACGAUGACACUGCUUCUGUGUCACUCGACCUUUUUUCUAUCUUUCCACAGCGUUUUGCAGAUAUUGAAAUUAAAGGGUCAUGUAGGGGCUUCAUACUUUUAUGCCGUUCCUCUAACAUCUACAUAUGGAAUCCAUGCACCGGAGUUCACAGAGAAAUACCUAUAUCUCCUUUUGGUUCCAACUUAAAUGCUGAUUAUUUCUAUGGUUUUGGUUAUGACCCUUCAACUGAGGAUUACUUGGUUGUUUUAAUGUCUCGUCAUGGUUCAGAUAAUCCUCCAUUACGCUUGGAGUACUUCUCUUUGAAAGCUAAUACAUGGAAUGAAGUUGAGGGUCCUCACUUCCCUUAUGCCAAUGGGAAUAUCUUCGAGUUCCCGCCCAUUCCGGGCGGUUCUCUCUAUAAUGGGGCUAUUCAUUGGUUGGCUUUUCGGGAGGAUUUACAAACGGAAGUUAUAGUUGCGUUUGAUUUAAUGGAAAAGAAACUUUCCUACAUGCUUUUGCCGCGUUGUUCUGAUGGUAGUCCUUUGCAUUGUGGUUUAUGGGUAUAUGGAGAAUUUCUCAGCGCAUAUACUACUAAUUAUACUAAUGAUACAGUUGUUAUAUUUGUGAUGAAAGAAUACAAAGUGGAUUCGUCUUGGACUAGGACCCUUGCUCUUCCAUAUGACGUCAUCCCAAACGAGGACUUUUGUCCGCUGUGCUGUACAAAAAAUGGUGAUAUUGUUGGGACAGAUGAUGGCAGUGGAUUGGUUAAGUAUGAUAAAAAUGGACAGUUUCUAGAGCAUUAUUGUUAUACUACUGACGAUCUUACACGCCAAAUGAUUAUGUAUAUAGAGUCUCUGCUUUCACUCCCUAGUGAUGGUGACAACCAGCAAGUUUAAGAAGAAGACACAAACAAGAGCAUGGCUCUUUUGGUAACAAUGCAGGUUGAUCCCAAGUGGCUAUGUAAGUAGAGUCUUUGCAUUCAUGGUGGAGUGAGAAAGUCUAAGAAAAUGAUGCAAACAAGAAUGAGAUUCUGAAAUCAUAUGUUUGAAUGCAUUUGUUGUAAGUAAGUACUAUGUGUUUAUUUGAAUGCAUUUGUAAUGUGACUAAGUUUGGGACAUGAGCUAGUAUGUCAUGAAAUGUUUAUUGGUAACAUUGACAGCUUUGUUUGGUAUGAUUCACUGUUAUUUAUGUA